AAGAGGAGGCAACAGGUUAUUUCCCUGACACACACUCUAGCAGGAGAGCACCGAGGAGCCAACAGAAGGACAACCUUAUUUUCCUGGACGGACAGACCGUCAGCUAAUAUCCUGUCUAAUCUAGUGCCGAUGAGAGAAGCAGAUAUAGCUAUCAUGCUUCACUUCUUCUGGUCACGUUUGAGCCUUUUCUUCUUCCUCUCAUUGGUUUGCAAAUGUGCUUCCAAUAAUGACACUCCAGUCGUGACCAGCAGUGGCCCUAUUAAAGGCAAAAUAGUCUUGACUAGAUACGGGUCUGCAACUGCCUAUCUGGGAAUCCCCUAUGCGGAACCUCCAGUGAAGAAACUCCGUUUUCAAAAGCCCGUCCCACGUCAACCAUGGAGUGAAGUCUUGGAGGCCACCAGUUUUGGCAACUCGUGUCCCCAGACUCAUAUUACUGGCUUUCCUGAUAAAGACAUAUGGGUCCCCAACACACCUCUUUCAGAAGACUGUCUCUUUCUUAACAUCUGGGCACCCCACCCUCGACCCUCAAGACCAAUGCCUGUCCUUGUAUGGAUCCAAGGCAUGGGCUUUAUCACAGGCACAGCCUCCCUAGAUAUCUAUAACGGAGCCAUCUUGUCUGCUACAGAGAACGUCAUAGUAGCUUCCAUGAAUUAUCGCUUGGGGGGCCUAGGCUUUUUGUACUUGCCACCCUAUGCCCCGGGAAACAUGGGCUUGUGGGACCAACAUUUGGCCCUAAAUUGGCUGAAGGAGAACAUCGCUCUUUUUGGGGGAGACCCAGCUCAGUUGACUCUGGUUGGACAAAGUGCAGGAGCAGUUUUGGUGGGUUGCCAUCUCCUUUCCCCACUGAGCCAGCCCCUUUUUGCCCGUGCAGUGCUUCAGAGUGGCGUCCCCAAUGCCAUUUGGCCCUGGAAGAGCCCCCAAGAGGCUCACAGAGAUGCAAUAAUGCUCAGCAAACAAGCGGGGUGCGCAAAAGAUAGUGACGGUGCUGUGGUGAGCUGCCUACAGGAGAUAGAAUUUGGACACGAGAACUUUACUCUGCUGACUCUGAUCAACUCAUUGACCACAGAUGGCAAUUUCCUCCCAGGCAACGUCCCAAAUUUGCUGGAUGCUGCAGUUCUUCAGGGAAAGCCAAUUCUUACUGGGGUCACUGAUGAUGAAGGCUCUGCUUUUGUAUUGCUUAUGUAUUCGAACACAAAAACAAAUGGAGGAAUAUUAACAUGGGAACAGCUUCUCCAAGGUGUGACAAUAACUAUGCGAAGAGGGACCAAAAAAGAAGUUGCGCACACCGUCGCCCAGAAAUUCAGUGAAGCUAAUCAUGGGCAAUACCGUUUGGCGUUUUCUCAGUAUAUGCGAGAUUAUUUCAUGGUGUGCCCCUUGGUUGAAUUUGCUGCAAAGAUCAGAAAAGCUAGGAAGUCAGCGUAUGUUUACUCCUUCAGUCACCACCCUUCUGGCUCUGGCUGGCCUGAGUGGGUAGGGACACCCCACGGAGCAGAGAUACCGUAUGUCUUUGGAACCAUGGCGUCAGCAACAAACCAAUCCGUCACAGAGGCUGAGGAAGCAUUGAGCCGUCAGACAAUGAGAUACUGGGCACAGUUUGCCAGAGGCGGGGCUCCAACAGGGACAAAGGCAGAUGAGGUACAAUGGCCACUGUACAAUGCCACAGAGCAGAAUUUCUUUCACAUCAGCACAGGUGCACCCCAACUCAAGCGGCUGUCACCUGCCCCACUCUGCGAUUUCCUGGCUACUCUUCCUGAGAAUGACAUGCAAUCCUAGAAAUCUCCAGAAGACCUGGACUCGUGAAUUGGAAAGUUGAACCAGGAAUAUAGAACAUGACAUGUAAAACCAAGAACAAAAGUUGAAUCAAGAUAUGAGCAUUAUUUAGCUGUUAUGUGGGGAGAACUAUAAUCCUAUGAAGGGGUUGGGAGUAACUGGCUGAGCUUUAGUUCAAUAAAAAUCACUGAGGGAACCAAUUUGUAAUGGUGGCAUGUGUGUUCAGCCUAUGCGAACUCCACUUCUGACUGUCUCUUUAGGUGGUAUAAUAGAAAGGCAAUAGACUAGGUAUAUUUAGCCAUGGGUGCAAGUACAUUCAUCUGAUUUUAGAGCUAUAGUCAUUGGACUUUGGGCAUCUUAAGGAAUAACCCAUAUAUCCUUUCUUUCUUUGUAUGAAGGGAAAUCCUAAUUAAUCAGGGUUCCCAUUUCCUGGAAGGAAACCUGUGCUAUAUAUAGAUAGUCUCUUUAGAAUUAAAAAUGGGAUAUGGUUAGGGAGUGUGAAUACAUCUAUUGUAUGGCUGGGUUGUGCAUUCACAUCUAUUACAAAACUAUUAGAUAAUAGCUCUAAACUGUGGGCCAUUAGUAUGAAUGCCACUGCACCCAUGUUCUACUAGAGGUUAGUUGGGGGAAUCCCAUUAUUCCAUCAUCGCCAUUACAUCUGAAUGCUGCCCAUCAUUAUUACCUUCCUUAUCAUUGCUGUUAUAAUCA